AUGAUCUUGGCCCUCGCCUGCGCAUCUCGGCCGCCGCCGGCCCUCGCCUGCGCAUCUCGGGCUUGCGCGCGGCCCUCCGCCCGCUGCCCGCCUCCGCGGCUGCUCACCGUCUCGUCCACCGGCUGGGAAGGGCCGGGCCUGGUCGAGGGCAUCUUGAGCGGGCAUCUUGAGCGGGCCGGCGUCGACCUCUCCUACUGGGACCUGCACGGAUUCCUGCUGGUGCCGACCGCCUGGCUGCUCACCGCAGGCAAGCCGUCGCUCCUCGACGAGGGCAAGGACCCGCUCACGCGGCGCGCCUCCUUCGCCUUCAUCGCCUUCAUCCUGGCGAUCGCCGUCGCUCAGGCCUUUGUGUGGGACAGCGUCGGCGCCCAGAUCGGGAUCUGGGAGUUCAACCCGCAAAAGUCGACCGGUCUCGGCGCGGCGACGCUGCUUCCCGCCGAGGAGAUCGCGUGGCUCUUCCACCACGUCGUCAAGGCCGCGCUCUGGCAGAUCAAGAUGGGCGAGUGGCGGCUCACCGCCGCGCCUUGCAGCGAUCCCGCGCCGCUCGAGCCGGUCGCCCGCGCGGCGUGCAACGCCGCGCUGCUCGCGGCGUGGGCGGCGGGCGUCGCCGCCCUGGUCGGCGAGGACGAUAGCCUCCGCUGCCUCGGGCUGGUCGCCUCCUUCUUCGCCCCCGUCUUUGCCCUGAUCCUCAUGCUCGGCUCGCGCUACCUGCUCUCGCACUGGCGCCUCUUCGUCGCGGGCUGGCUGCCGCCCGGCGCGUGGACCGUCGCGAUCGACUGCGUCGGGCAGCAGCAGCGGGUCUGGAGGUUUCCGCAGACUUUCCUCACCGGCGUCGCCACGCUCCCUCCCGACUCGAGCGGCGUCGGCCUCCUCAAGCUCGACAUCGCUGCCGUGUACCUCGUCUCGACCUUCGCCGUCACAGGCACCGGCGCCAUCAUCCUCGCCGCGGCGCAGGAGUUUGCAGCGCAGCGGCAGCGCCAGCGGGGGGGCGAGGCGAGCGAGGCGGGGCGCGCGGGCGCGGCGGAGGGUGAGCAGGAGCCAGAGACGCUCUGGCACCUGGGCCUCUUCAUCCUGCACGGCGCCGCGCCCGCCCUCGCCGAGCGCGCCGCAGCGGCUCGACGCGUCCUCAUUCUCGCUGACGGCGACCCUGUCGACAGCAUCCCGGCCGCCGAGGAGGAGGUCGCCGCCCUCACCGAGGCGUGGCGCUCGCUUGGGCUCUUUGUGGAGCGCGUCGAUUGGCAGUCGGGCCCGGCCUCGGCGCUGCUCCACCGCGCGCGAGCCGUGUUGCCGCUGCUGGCGUGGACGUACAGCGAGACGCCCGCUCACACGGCUAACUUCUGCGAGCUGCUCCGUUCGCUCGCCGACGGCGGCGCGGGGCCGCGGCUAGACCUGCGUGCGACGGCGUGGCACGCGCACAAGAAGUAUCUGCUCGAGAUGGCGGAGCGUGGCCUCGGAACGGUGCCCACCGCACUCCUCGCCAAAGGCGCGGCCGGGGCGGAGCUGCGCUCGGCUGUCCGGCGGCUGGACGCCGGGCGUAGCGCGGGCGAGGAGGGGCGUCGCUCUUACGUCUUCAAGCCCGCCGUUGGGAGCGGCGGCGACGGCGUCGACCUGUACACACUCGGCGAGGAGGGCGGCGAGGCAGCCGUGCUCUCGCGCGCCAGGGAGGGCGACCUGCUGCUGCAGCCGUUUCUGGGCGGCGUGAGGCGGCACGGCGAGCUCUGCUUCGUCUUCGUCAACGGCUCUCUGCUGCACGCAGUGCGCAAGGAGCCGGCGGGCUGGAGCGCGCGCGGUGCACAGCGCGUGUCUCGCGUCGACUCUCCGCCCGCAGAGGCGCUCGCGACCGCGCUGCGGGCCAUGGGCGAGGCGCGCGCGGCUUGCGCGGCGAGGCCAGGCGAGCAGAUCUACCUGGCGCGUGUCGACCUCCUGCCCGACACAGCGGGCGGCGGGGGAGGAGAGGCAGCUGGAGAGGCAGCUGGAGGCGCGACGGGGCAGCCUCGCUGGCUUGUGAGCGAGCUCGAGCUCGGCUGGCCCCACCUCUUCCUGCGAGCCGCAGAGGGAGGCGCGGCGGCCGCGACGAAGGCGGUCGCCGCCGGUUUGCUGCGGCACCUCGAGCGCAGGGAAGCGGACGCCGCCGGUUUGCUGCGGCACCUCGAGCGCAGGGAAGCGGACGCCGCCGGCUGA